AUGAAAGAUAUACAAGCAGCCACCCCCGGUUACGAGCUUCACGCGUCACCCAAGCCUGGCUCAAUGACUGCGCUCGAUAACAAGAAGCCGACGCACCAUCCGUCGAUUGGGCUGCUACUCGCAGUGUCUAUGCCGCGUAUGGCCGUCCGUAUGGCUUGGGCGGCGCAGUGGGCCGCUCUGGGUCCGUACCUGUCGACAAUGCUGCCCAACAGCGCUGUCCAGCUGACCCAAUUUAUCGGUCCUAUAGUAGGAGUCAUUGUCGGUCCCAGCAUCGGUGUCUUCAGCGACCGCACCACCUCUCGUCUUGGACGUCGCCGUCCGUACCUGAUUGCCGCCGGUAUCCUCAGUGUGGUCUGUUGGAUUGCUAUGGGCUACACUCGCGAUAUCGGUGACGCUCUUGGGGACCACGGGGACGGUACUGACGGCGAGACCGACCGUACGUGGACGUCGGUAUUCACGAUCAUUUUUUACGCCUGGAUGGACAUCAUUGUCAAUGUGGUGCAGACCCCCGCUAUGCUUCUUAUCGCCGACUUUGCUGGAGACCGACAGACAACCGGAGCCGCUCUUGGACAGGCUUGGUCUACGCUCGGAGCCAUUGUCUUUGCUUUGUACAUCGAGAUCUUCGGAGCCGCUUACAAGUCGCUGCACUGGUUCAUGGGUAUGCUCUCCGUCUCGAUGGCUAUCUGUAUGACAGUCGCUUGCGUCUUCGCGCACGAGACCCCGCUCGAUCCCAGCACAGUGGAAAAGUCGUCAGCCUGGGUUCAGGUUAUGGGAGCUUUCUACUCGAUCUACCGCUGCAUCAAGAAUUUGCCCGCUACGCUGAUCUAG